AUGUUAUUUCGAAAACCGCGAAAUCUUCUACUCACUAUUGUACUUUUUCGCUUCUUGUCUUGGCUAAUUGUUCGUACAUAUUUCAUCGCAGAUGAAUAUUGGCAAACAUUUGAAAUUGCUCACUCGUUAGCGUUUAACUACGGUUAUAAAACCUGGGAAUGGAACUCAACGAUCGCGAUACGAAGUUAUCUCUAUCCAUACUUGAUUUCGUUGAUCUAUCGAUUUCUUGCCUUCCUUCAUUUGGAUACAGCAAGUGUUUUAGUCAAUGUUGCGACAUUAUUUCAAACAUUUCUCGCAAUACUUGGCGACCUAGCCUAUGUGAAGUUCCUUCAAGGACACAAUCUGAUAUUCCUGAUUCUCCUAUGCCGCUUUUCAUGUUGGUACACAAUGUAUUCCUCUCCAAGAUUACUCAUCAAUAAUUUAGAAGAAAUUCUAUUUAUAUGUAGUCUAGCUGCUGCGAAAAGCUUUCGUUCCACAUCAUCGAACUUUGCUUUUCAUCUAUUUGUCUCUCUAUCAUUUAUACUUCGUCCAACAUCAGCCAUUCCAUUUGUUAUCAUCUAUCCGUACUUAUUAUAUCAAACCUCUCAACGUUUACGUUUUCUUCUUCAAGCAUUCCUUUGUUUUGUCAUAUUAAAUUUAUGCAAUAGUCUGUUAGAUAGUUACAUGUACGGUCAAUGGACAUUUGUACCAUUGAAUUUCUUAUACAUCAACUUUUUCCAUCCGAAUUCAAUUUCUUCACAUUAUGGAAUCAAUAAUCCCUUUUGGUACUUUACGAAUGGUCUACCAAUGAUAUUUUUCUACCGUUUACCAUUGAUUUUUCUUGGUGCAAUGUUUAAUAGACGUCUAACAAUCGUGGUACUAUUCACCAUAUUCAUUUAUACAUUGAAUUCUCAUAAAGAAUUCCGAUUUCUCACACAGAUUCUGCCAAUAUUAUUCAUUCUCGAAGCACAUGGAAUUGAUUGGUGUUUGAAAAAGUUCAGAAUUAGGAAAUUUCCAUGGGUGUUAUUCCUUUCGUUUACGAUUCAUCUAUUGAUCGGAAUCUAUUUUUCAUUCGCUGAUCGACAAGGACAAAUCUCCGUGAUGACCUACCUUCGAACAAACCUUCCAAAUGAUAAUCAACGAAGUUAUUCCGUUGAUUUUCUCAUGCCAUGCCAUUCAACUCCAUAUCAUAAUUUCAUUCAUCGAACUGAUAUUCAAUUGAAUUUCUUAACAUGUGAACCUAAUUUAAACUCGACUUCCAGUGAUUAUCUCGACGAAGCUGAUCGAUUCUUUGUUGCACCAAUCGCGUCUUUACGGUCAAGAUUGCUUCUUACAAAGGCCAGUCAUUUAGUCAUGUUCGACACAUUGUACAACCAAGUGAAGGAUGUGUUGGAAGAUAAUCAAUCUUACUAUGUGAAAGAUAUCUUAUUCAAUUCACACAUUCAACAUACCUCGCGACAUGGUAAAUCGAUCUAUAUUCUCGAAAAUAAACUUGGAUAUUAA